AUGGAGGGGCUACUGGUGAGCGCAGCGACUGGGGCAUUGAAGCCCGUGCUAGAGAAGCUUACGGCCCUGAUGGGUGAUGAGUACAAGCGCUUCAAGCGGGUGCGCCGCGAGGUGCAGUCUCUCAUGGAUGAGCUUGCUGCAAUGCAUUCAUUCCUUCUCAAGAUGUCAGAAGAGGAGAAUCCCGAUCCACAGGAUAAGAACUGGAUGAAGGAGGUUCGGGAGCUCUCCUACGAUAUGGAGGAUAGCCUUGACGAGUUCAUGCUCCAUGUUGAUGACAAAUCUAUUAGUCCUGAGGGCUUCAUCGACAAAUUCAAAACUUUUUUGAUCAAGGUCAGGAAUCGCCGCCGGAUUGCAAAGGUAGUCGAAGACCUCAAGGUCCAAGUCAAGGAGGUGGAAGACAGGAAUAAAAGAUACAAGAGUAAUGAGACUAUCAUGAAUACAAGUAAUGCGACCAUGGACCAUAGAGCUCUUGCUAUCUUUGAGGAUGCUUCAAAGCUUGUUGGCAUCGAUGAACCAAAAGCUGAGCUAAUGAAAUGGCUGGCAAGGAAGUAUCAAGGUGUUGCAUCAGAACCACUUGAGGUGGAGCCACCGAAGGUGGUAUCUAUUAUUGGAUUUGGAGGAAUGGGAAAGACAACACUUGCAAACCAAGUAUAUGUAGAGUUAAAGAACCAGUUUGACUUCGAUUGCUGGGCUUUUGUGUCGGUGUCACGAAACCCGGACAUGAUGAAAAUUUUGAGAACAAUUCUCAGCGAUGUAAGCAAUAAACCUUAUGCAUCCACUGAAGCAGGGAGUAUCCAACAAAUCAUUGGCACAAUCACUGAUUUCCUCAAGGAUAAAAGGUAUCUUAUUGUAGUUGAUGAUAUAUGGAAGAUAGAAACAUGGGAUAUCAUCAGGUUUGCACUGUUUCCAGAGAGAGAAAAAAGCAUAAUAAUCCAGGAUAAAGAUCCAAGCAUAAUAAUCACAACAACUCGUAUACAUGGUGUAGCUAAAGCAUGCUGCUCAUCCUAUGGUUCUCUUGUUUACAAAAUGAGGCCACUUACUCGUGCAGAUUCGGAAAAGUUGUUCCACAAAAGAAUAUUUAGCUCCCAAUACAUGUGCCCUUUACAUCUCAAAGAGGUUUCUAAUAAGAUAUUGGAAAAAUGUGAUGGUUUACCUUUGGCUAUCAUUUCCAUAUCUGGUUUGCUUGCCAAUAAACCACAGACCGAAGAUCAAUGGAACAGGGUGCAGAAUUCUUUUGGGCAUGAACUAGGAAAAAAUCCAGAGGUUCAAAGCAUGGUUCAGAUAUUAUCACUUAGUUACUUUGACCUUCCUCAUCAUUUAAAGACGUGUCUAUUGUAUUUAAGUACAUUUCGAGAGGAUUUUGUAAUUGACAAGAGGUGUUUGAUAAGGAGAUGGAUUGCUGAGGGAUUUAUUCAAGAAGAACAAGGAUGUACUCUAUAUGAAUUAGGGGAAAGGUGUUUCAAUGAGCUCAUCAAUAGAAGCUUGAUCCAGGCACAACACAUAAACAUGUACGGUGAGGUAACAGUUUGUCAAGUCCAUGAUACAAUUCUGGAUUUUAUCAUAUCCAAAUCUGAAGAAGAGAAUUUUGUUACUAUAUUCUCUGAUGGUUAUCAAAUGCCUGGUCCACAGAGAAAGGUCCGUCGCCUAUCCCUCCAUUCUAACAGUGUAGAGAAUGUGUCUCAGCUGAAAGAUCUGGAUUUAUCCCAUCUCCGGUCAGUUACAAUGUUUAGCUAUGCUGCAGAAGCGCUACUAUUGUUCCUGAGCUUCAGUUCAUUGCGUGUUUUGGACUUGGGUGGCUGCACCCAAGUGGAAAGUCAUCAUCUUGCUAACAUUGGGAAUUUAUUUCGGUUGAAGUACCUGAGUCUCCGUAAUACAAACGUUUGUGAACUACCCGAACAAAUCAGAAAAUUACAGCAUCUUGAGACACUAGACAUAUCUAUGGGGAAAUCCAGAAAAUUGCCAGCAAGUAUUGUUGAACUUAAAAGAUUGGCACAUUUGGUUGUAGACAGAGGAGUUGUGCUACCAUCUGGUAUCAGAAGCAUGACAGCAUUGGAGCAGUUAGAAGGUGUUGAUGUCUUCAAGCAACCAAUUGACUUUGCCCAAGAACUUGGCCAUCUGACAUUGCUUAGGAGCAUAAGCUUCUUUUCGAAUCCUAAUGAUCGCAAGAAAUUUGAUAUGGUGGGAAGCAACUCCAAGGAGUACAUGGACAAUAUAGUCUUCUCUCUCUCUAAACUAGGCAAGCUUCAAUCUCUGUCAUUCCAUGUCGCUGGUGGCUUCUCUCUGGGUUCAGAAAGUUGUGCUCCACGUGGCCUCCAGAAAUUGGAAAUUAAGGAGGGUUUUAUCUCCAAGGUUCCAAAUUUGGCAGGAUCCCUUGCCAAUCUUCAAAUUUUAGUUAUUUAUGUCAUGGAAUUUGAGGUGGAAGAUGUCAUGGCACUUGGGUGCCUACCAGCUCUUGUGUUUCUUCGUCUGAUAGCUCAUGAAUCUUUCCAUGGAAGAAGGUUCACCAUCAGCGGUGGCGACAGGUUCCACUCCCUGAGGCAUUUUGACUUUGGAUGUGCCAUGCCAGUGAUGUUUGGAGCUGGAGCCAUGCCAAUGCUUGAAAAGUUUACUAUCAUGUUCAGUCCAGAAAGGAUGGGCCUGUUAAUGGGUACAGGGGUUUUCCAUUUCGGCAUCCAACACCUCUCCAAUCUUGACCAAGUCGAAUGUAUAUUCUAUCUAAAUAGUGAUUCAGUCGUUGUCAGGACCACUAUGACCCGGAUGGCUAAUAUAUCUUUCAGGCAGGGCAUGGACACAAUACUAAAUCAGGUGAUAGACGCAACUUGUGAUAUCGAGAGCGCGGUAAGCGCCCAUACCAAGUCUCCCAAACUUAAGUUCAGACAUACACAUAAGUGGAAGAUUGAAGACUGA